AUGGAAUAUGAAGUGGGUGAGAAAGUAUUCUUGAAAGUAUCUCCAUGGAAAGGAAUUCUGAGAUUUGGCAAGCAAGGAAAGCUUAGUCCAAGAUAUACUGGACCAUAUGAAAUCAUUGAGCGAAUUGGACCACUAGCUUAUCGACUUGCAUUACCGGGAGAGUUAUCACAGAUACAUGAUGUGUUCCCUGUUUCCAUGUUACAAAGAUAUAGAUCUGAUCCUAGUCAUGUGAUACAAGAACCAGAGGUAGAACUCACAGAGAAAUUGGUAUACAAAGAGGAACCUAUAGAAAUACUGGGAACAGAGGAAGCUACAUGGGAGGUGGAAGAACACAUGAGAAUGAAAUAUCCUUAUCUUUUUCAUGAUGGUGGUAAGUUCUUCAAUUUCGAGACGAAAUUUUCUAAGGUGGGAAGAGUUGUAACACCCACAUUCAAAUAUCAUAUAGUUAUGCUCAUGCAUUUCAUUCAUUUUAUGAUUAAGAGUAAGUGA